AGGCAGCGGGCAGACGCAAGCGCCAGGGUGCCCUCUCGGGCAGCGCGGAGCCUCGUCACUCCUGGGUGAAACGCGAGGCUCGAGUGCGAUAAGUGCCGCUCCCCGCGGUGUGUGUGUGCGCCCCUCCCCAGCUACGCCGGAUUCUGAAGUGGGGUCUUUUCUCCAAUUCCUAAUUCAGCACGACGCCGCACAGGUUUUCAGCGGCUUGCUCGUAAGGCAGCCCCCAAUAUGCAGAACUGGGCGCUUGGCGCGCGCGCUUCCUCCGAAGGCAGCCUCCGCCGGGAGUUGGACGGGGCUCCCGCGCAGCGAAGUGCGCCUGGAAGCGCGCCGCCAAGCCUCGAUCAUUAUAGGCGGCGGCGGGGUGCGGUGCAGUGGGGUGGGGUGGCCCCCAGCUGCCAGCCAACUCGCGGUAGCCCGCAGCCACACCCCGCUGGCUGGCGCCCUUCCAGCCGGGCAGGCUGCACACCUGGCGCGGAAGGAGGCCGGCAACUCGGGGGCUGGCGCUGGGCGCUGCACGCAUUUAAGGGCUGCCGCGCGGCGCUCGAGAGGCUCUGACCGGGAAGCGGCUCCGGCAUCGGGCGCCCUGCGGACAACCAUGCUCCCGGCUUGCUGCUUGGAGACGGCGCUGCUGCUUCUCUUGCUGACCGAGGCGGCAGCGGCAGGAGGGCGACCAGGAGGCGGCGGCGCUGCCGAGGGCCACCCCAGCGCCGCUUGCGCUUCCGCGGCGUCGGUGGGCGGCCGCGCAUCCCUCGACAGGGACGCCCAGGCUCUUUGCGACGAGAAGGGCUGCGACGCGCGGGCACUGGGCGAGUCGUGCGGCGUCUACACCCCGGGCUGCGCGCCAGGCUUGCGCUGCGUCCCUCGGCCCGGCGAGCGCACUCCGCUGCACGCCUUGCUCCGCGGCCAGGGGGUCUGCGUGGCAGGAGGCGGCGGCCGGAACCAGACGAAGGCGGCGCCCGCGGCAGGUGAUGGUUGGGAGGAGAAUCGCCAUGCCGGUCAAUCAACAGCAGAGCCUCUCCUGUUACAGAGCCAGGAUCCACUGCAAGAGGUCACAGUUGGCAAAACCCAACUACAGCAGCUCUCCCUGAGCAGUGAUACCAAACAGGAGCAUGAUAUGGCUCCUUGCCGCAGGCACCUGGCAGCCAUCUUGCAGGAGUUGAAGGCCCCACUUUACCAGAAUGGUCAAGACAUCUUCAUUCCCAACUGUGACACCAAAGGGUUCUACAGGCGUAAGCAGUGUCAGGCAUCCAAGGGACAGAAGAGAGGCCAGUGCUGGUGUGUGGAUAAGAGAGGCCGCCGGUUGGAGGGUAUGGAAGAAAAACCCCUUUGCCUGCUUCCCAAUGUCGACUGAGCAGUUGGGAGUAGAGUGCUCCAGCAGCAGAGAUGCUGGUCCAGGAAGAAUCUCUCUACCAGAACUGUUGCAAAUAUUUGCUUUUAACUUAUUGUGCUGUUGCUGCCUUGCUGGGACCUUGCAUUCCCUGGAAUAACCUUGGAACAGCUGUUGCAUCUGAUAAUUUACAGAAGGGUGGAGGAGCCUGGACUGGCUGCAUCACAACAUGGGCCAAGAGGAGGCUUCUGGCUAAAGAUGUUUUCUUGGAUAAGCUAUCAGUGGUUGCACUGCAAAGAUAAGCUGGCACCUAAGCCAGCUUUACUUUUAGUAGAUGUUGCAUGCAUCCUAUGUCCUAAGCCGGUAGGGAGACAUGAGUAGCCAGAUACUGGGUGUGGGGAGGAGAACUAGGGCUGAACUAAAGCUUUUUACCAAGCUAGAAGUAAUAGGAAAAAUGAGAAAGGAGAGAACUUUGUAAAAACAGAUGACCAUAGAGAGCCCACAAGGGCACUAUGAAAUGGGAAAGGAUGAGAACAGCAACCUCACACCAUUACCAACACCUAGAAUUAGAAUGAGAUAGCAUGGAAGGGAUAAAUGGUACAGGGCACUGGGACACUCGUGGUUGUUCUUUUUUCCACUAAAACUUGCUUGGUCCUUAGCCUGCCCUCUGUAUCAUAUUGCCUUACAGCUUCUUCUCUAGCAGAUCAUGGGGAGAGCUACAUGGAGGGGGUCUGUGGUUGCCUAGGUUUCCCCUAUUCUCUGCCAUGUGCUUUAAUUGGGCAGGGGGUGGAUUCUGUAUGAUUCACUGGCACUGGAUUCAAUAAAUCUGAGGACUAUAUAACAUG